AUGCGCAUUGUUCCGGUGCGCAACGAGGCCAAGCCGCCAGGUGAACCGCUUGCAGUGCUCGGAGUUGCCCCGGAAGUCCCAUUUUCUACCGCUCAGACCAGUUCGCGCGUUGCCAGCAUGCUGGACCCGCAGUCGGAGCAUUUGUACGAGCUCCAAUUGGCGCAACCUCUACCAAGCUUUGACCUCAACAAGACGCUGGUGUCCAAGAUGUUGCCGGCAGAGCUUCACAACCGACUGAACCAAGUGAUGCACCGUUUCCUCAACUCCUUUCUGGUAGCGCUCUUCCGGUUCAGUCUGCUCUGCUUCGGUUGUUUGCUUUUCGUGCCGACAAAGUUCAUUAUGCCGGUGGUGCCUGUCAUGGUUGCGGCUAUCGUGUUACCUCCCGUGAUCUUCGUGACCUUCUUCUCGCUCGAUGUGCUCGUGUUGCUGGCCUACCACUACGAGUUCUGGUUCGUUUCGACGCUCAACACGCUCAACUGGGUGGCGCUAGGCGUCAUUUUCGGAGACAUUCGAGCCAUUUCAUGCGUCGGACUGUGGCUCAGUUCGCAGAGCGUCGUGCUCAUUGACUCAAACUUCCGGACAUUCCCGACCGCCGUCAAGUCCAUUAUGAUCAGCGGCCCGUUCCUUAUAGUUUUGGUCGUGUGCUGCUCGUACAAUCUCGUGGUCGACGCCAGCUUUCCUUCUAUCAGGAUAGGGACUUUGGUGCUGCAGUCGCGCCAAGUUAUUGUCUUCACGGCGUCAACUCUGUCGGUGUUCGUGGUCAAGAAGGCCUUCGCGAAGAAAAAUCGACUGAAGAAGCGUCUUCAAGAUCGAGAAGCUGACCCAGAGGCAGCGCAAGGACGACACACCAUCCCUUGCGUCGGUCUACACGCACGACUAAAGCUGAAACAUUUGAAAGCAAAACCCCGCGUAGGAUCAGCAAGCUUUAGCGUAUCAGCCGUGAGGCUGACGGAUCAACAAACUACAAGUGACACGUCAAACACCCAAAACCUGAAACUCGCUCCCCAUGACCCGUUCAUUGUGGACUCGAGGAACGUGGUGCUACCUGGGCGUCUUCUGUGGUGGAUGAAAGCUCCAUUCACUCUGAUAGCUGUGUACAUUGCCGGCGUGAUAGGACUCAGCGCUACAGCGAUUGCCUGGGUGGUGAUUCUGUACCACCAGGAACACCGGCCAACUGAUCAGCUCAAACUUAUCGUCUCCUCUAUCGCUGCUGUAUUCUCUCUCGCAUUCACGUUCGUGUUCGUGUCGCUCGCUCAACGAAAUCUAGUCCGCUUGGUUCUGUGGAACUUUGACGUGCUCUUUUCGACGUUCCAAGGUACGGCUCUCGCAGUAUGUCUGCUGGAUCUGCUGCGCUGGCAGACCUCGUCCUGCCUUGCGGUUGUUGCUUGGUGGCUCUGGUUUCACUGUCUGCUCGUGCUCGACGCACUUACCCCAAGUCUGACACGGAAGCUGCAUAUUCGCAAACAUUUCGGACUACCAGCAGUUAUUGUAGUGCUGGCCGUCGCCGCUGGCUGUGCUCUAGAACUCAUCCUAGGCGACGAAAGUGUCUUCUCGUCGCGGCUGCUUUGGAGCGUACACGUGGUAGGAGGCACCGGUUUCGAUCUACACACAUCAACGUUAGCAGUUCAACGCACAAUUACGAUUGUGGGCUGGUUUCCUCGGCUCCUAGUGGAGCUAGCUACCGGGAGUCCGGAGCAAUUGCUGUUUCUUCAUCGGCAUGUCGAAUACUUUAGUCCAUACGCGACCUUUUCAGAUCCAGCACCAACGGGGGUGGUGGAAGAUGCACAGAAGCGAAGUGUUUCGAGGUGUUGGCGGCGACGACAAGCAAAAGAUUCUGUCCCGGUAGUGGAGGCAAAUAGUGGUCGUGUUGAUAGUAAAAUUACCGCGGACGCUAUUGGAGGGCUAUUUUGGAAAUCUACUUGCACUCGUCAAUGUGUCCUGCCACUGCGCCGACUGCAUUCUCUUCCUAAUGUUCGAUCCAGCUCGAGAGCGCUUCGCCGAAGCCUACGUAUCGCCCCAGUCCCCUCUGUCAAUUAUCCAGGGGGCCCAAAAUCCACUCAUCUUGACGUCGUAGCAGGUACUGUUGCUAUUGCCAACAGACUCGAGCGUCAACUACAAAGAGCAACACAGUCAGAUGCAACGGGGUUGUAUGAACUACAGUCAGCGCAGACAUUGCCAGUCGUCAGCAUAUCCAGAACACCCGCGUCAGCUCUUCUGCCAGGUGGAGCGUAUCAGUGGUUUGAGAGGACCAUGCAUCGCUUCACCCCGAUACUUUUGACACUGUUUGGCAUCAGUUUGGUAUCGUUUGCUGGCUUGCUGUAUGUGCCCUCGACAAUUGUCCGUCCAUGGAUCCCUCUCUUCUUUGUGGUUUCAACGCUUCCUCCAGUAUUUUUCGCGUCGUUCUUCUCGAUCGACAUCCUCUGCCUGUUGCCUCGAUAUUACGAGUUCUGCUUCAUCUCAGUUCUCAACUUCCUCACGUGGUUUGGGCUAGGCGUGAUCUUCGGUGACUUGCGUGCUCUUACAGGUUUCACAUUAUGGUUCAAUUUCCAGACGGUGGUGACUAUCGAUGCGAACUUCCGGACAUUCCCUGCCGCCGUAAAGUCCACAAUGAUCGCUGGCCCAGCAAUGAUAGCCCUCGUCGUGUGCUGCGCUUACAGUCUCGUGGUGGACUCGAGCUAUCCGACGCUUCACAUCGGCGUUAUGCCCUUCCAAUCUCGCCAAGUCGUUGUCUUCACGGCCUCGACGAUCGCCGUCUUCAUGUUCAAGAAGGCCCACACUAAGCGUCAGCGCAUGGAAAUCCGUCUCCAUGACCGGAGGAACAAUCCAGCUCCAACGCCUGGCCGACAUACUAUCCCCUGCGUUUUGAUACUGGCACGGGUGAAACUUGGGCUACGCGAUUCAGCACCCGCCUCCGUAUCAGUGCCAAACACAACCAGCAAUUUAUUACGAGCUCAACAACUGCAACUGGCGCCGACUAAAGCUCUAGUCGUGGACGCAACGAAAAUUCUGCUCCUUGCUCAUUUAUUAAAGCGGUUGAUCUCACCUCGCGAAAACAUUGCGCUGUAG